AUGAAUUCCACUUCCUCAAGGACAGCUUCACCGGCACCCCCAUCACCGCCAGCAAACCCCCGACUUCAAAUCAACACCUCCAUCCAGACCGACGAUGCAAACACAGAGUCCGCCACUUCCAGUUUCCAGAGAUCAUCCGCUCCAUCGCCGUCGCCAACUCUGUCAAGCCCACCUCAACCACUACCUUCAAACCCCACAGCUUCACAAUUGGAGCCCACUCCAUCCAUCUACUCCCCCCGCCCGGACCCUCUCCCAAACUCGGCAGAUGCAACGCGAAGUACCUCCCCCGUGGGCGUUGGUCCAACCCGUCCUAACUCGCCAGCACGUUUAGUAAACGAAGACGAACCCUUCGUCCCAGAAGUACCUAGCUCGCCUGUGUUGGCUCACUCGGUACCUGUCCCGGUUCCGGUGGGUGCGAGGGUGGAUGUGCCUGGAUUGGUUCAAGACGUGGACACAGAGCCCGAGCCAGGUCAAAGCUGCGAGACCACGACGAUUACCAUACCCCCUACGGCUGGCGCGACUGAUAUCACACUCGAGGAAGAAGACUUGUCCGCCAGGUUGUCAACCAGCUUAGACACGGACCUGGACACCGGGAUAGCCACAAGCACAUAUAAACUUACCCCCAGCCUCAUCCCCGAUGUCCUCAGCACGAGCACCAGGAAGAGCCCGCAGAAGGAGCCUGAGUCGGCGGUGGUGAUGGAGGGGAAAGGAAAUGAAGGGGUUGAAGAUGAAAGAAUGGAUUCUCAUCUCGAGGUGAAGGUGAAUGGAAGCAGGACUGCCUUGCUGGAAUUGGAGGAAGUAUUGAGUUCGGAGAAAGGAAAUCUGAGAGGAAAGGUAGAGAUGUCAGAGGCAAGAGUGAUGAAGGUACAAGGACAGGACACUCGUCCAAGCCACCAUUGA